GCUUCAGGGAUUUCUCUUAAAACUAAUAUGGCGUAAAGCUCUUCACACCAUAUCACCAUUACGAAGUCUAUCAACAACUUGUUACAGCAAAAAUGGCCAUGUCGAACAUGUUUCCGGAAGGUAGUGUAAUUUAAGUUUUCUAUUGGAUUACAUUUGAUUCAUUUUAAGACUUUUUAAGUGGCUAAUAGUACGUUAAUAAAUUUUUGUUAACUCCAGUAACGAUAACAAACCCGCCAUGUUUUUAUUUUAGAUUUAGAUUGGCUGUUGAGCCUGUUGUCUGCAUCAUUGUAUGUUAAAGGUUUUUUUAAAAUAUAUCUUACCCCAAAUUAAACUGUUUUAAAGCCUUGUAUAGCCCUACAAUUUUUGCAUAUUCAGGAGGUCUUAAUAAUGACGCAUUCGACCUAUAAUUUUUCUUGAAGUAGUCAAUUUAUUAUUUAUGGGGAUUGGACUAGGACUGGACUAUUUAAUUUUAAUUUCUAAAAAAAUUAAAAGCCCACUUACAUUUAUUUAAUAUUAAUUAUGAUUGGUUGAUUUUUUUAGAAUUUCACCGACAAGUCCCAAUAAGUUUUUAACAGAAUAGUUACUUGUUAGGCUUAAGUCUGCUAAAGAGGAAAGCAAACUGAACUUUUUAAACUGGCUAAACUUUACUAAACUAAAUCUAAAGUGACUAGGCCCAAGUAUUAGUAAGCAAAUAUAAUCUAGUCUCUAAACAAAUGUAAACAUUCUAAUAGCUAAUGAGGCUUAAUGACAAGAAGUAUUCAUACUCAUUAGGGUUAGGGCCUAAUGAGCCUAAUGUCAAUGUGGUUAUGGGAAUAUUAGGCAGGGUUGAGGGUGUUAUUUAAUUUAUCACCAAGUCCAAAAAAGUGAGGCAAAUGUUACAUCAUUCACAUCCAAUCAUAAUAUUUAAUAUAUUAAAUAUAUAUUAAUAUAUUUAUUUACUGUAAUUGUAACAUACUAUACUAUAAGUAUAAGAUUAAGAUAUAUUCUAGGGAUUUAGGCCAGGCCUAAAAUUUAUAAUUUGUGUGAAAAGCUGAAACUGAAGGGACUUCAGGACAGAACUUAAUUUUUUAGACAUACUUCACAUACAGUCCAAUUAAUUAGCCCAAUCAUCAAUGAGGCCAAUGCCAAUACAAUUCCCAGGGAGUAGGCCUGCAGUGCCUUAAUGCUAGUUAUUUUAAAAAGUUAAUAUAAGUUAGGAAGUAGUUCUAGACUUGGCCUAUCCCAACAUGUACGGUCCGAAGUUUCAUAAAAUUAAAGUAAGGAUAAAUUUAACUGUUUUUAUUCUGGGAUUAAUGAUAAUAAAAUUGUGCAACAAGGUUUGUCUCUCUUGGCAUUAGUUUCAGACAGAAAUAUGGUAUGAUUUAUGCUAUUUGAUAAAUUUUAUAUUACUAGGCGACCCGUGGCGUAGCAUACGCCGCGAGCUUGUUGGGAUGUGCGCAUGGCUGACAAGCGAGGGUGAAACAUUGGCGACAGCAAUGCAUGAACUUUCCAUCUACUAAAGUUACUUGACAAAAACGUGAACUCAAGUUACGCACAUUUAAGAAUGCCAAUUUUGCUACACCUCUUUCCCCCCCCCCCCUUUUUUUUUUUUUAUAAUACGUGUCACUGCACACUUUUUAUUUCACGCCCAUGAACUAUAUAAAUAUAGACAACCUGCGGCUUAGCAGACGCCGCGAGCUUGUUGGGGUGUGCGCAUGGCUGGAAAGCGAGUGUGGUGCAGGGGGGGUGCGGUAGCUCGAGACCAACGAUGGACAGGCAUGGGAAGGGAGGGUUUGCCUGCAUUUUGCUUGCUCUGGCGUAUCUUUAUAUAGCCUGUGUGGUCGUCGUCUUCUUGUUUGUCCUACUUCUGGCGAAUUAUAGAUUGGCGUUGGCCUAUCAUUGUUUUCCCAAUAAAUUUGUGUCGGUCAACACUACUACUUGGGGCCAUCCAUAAAUGACAUCACACUGAAUCAGAGGUACGGGGUGGACCACAAAUUUGUGAACAUGUGUUACCAAAUUUGCCAAAUCCAGGUAUAAAUCCGAGUACUAUCUACAUUUUUCAUGGUGAAACUUACCGUAAAUUACUGUGAAUAAUGCAUUCCAUGUUUAACUCCAUGUCUACAUAUAAUGUGAUAGUUAAUAUAAUAAUAAUAAUAUAAUACAAAUUAAAGAAAUGAAAAUUUAAAUAUAAAUGUCAAAAUCCUUUAAAUUAUUAUAUUUAAAAUGAAUUGUGGUCAUACUGAUACAACUAUGCUUAUUUCUCUUCAAACGGGUGCUACUAUCAUUUCUGUUGUUAUGCACAUAUUGUGCGUGCUCGAUUGCUGAAUGGUUCCAUAGGCAUUAGUAGGCCUUUAAUAAUAUGUCGUUUACCAGUAAUGGAAAAUUUCUUAAGCGCGCGUUUAAUCCCCUUAUUUUAACACUUUAAAUCCACACAGCACAUAGAGUAAAAAACAACUUCUAUCCACAUGAAGGUACACUGAAAAAUAAUCUUAGAUCUUAAUUGCACUCAGCUUUAUCAUCUGAAUCCAUUUAAAAAAAAAAAUUCUAUCGAUCGAUGGAAAAUAGACAAACCACCAUCGAAUCAGACUUUAAACAACUUGUUUUUAUUUAAAAGUUGUGAUUUAUCCAUCUGGAAAGGAGGUAAACAUGUUAGAAUGUGUGCUUUUUGUUUUCUUUCUUUCAAAGCUGAUGUUUGUUUUUUUGGGGUGGGGUUUCAUGCUUUUGGUGAGAAAUGAACUCCAAUCAACCCAUUUUAAUACGGAAAUUAAUGAAUAUCUCUAAAACUUUAAUUUUCCAAUAAAUAUUUGGAUCGCCAUCUGUUGUAAUAGAAUUAUUUGCAGAGGCUAAUAUGUGAAGAAAUUUGUUAUUUGUCCAAAGCAAUUUCUGGUUGUUCCCUAAUAUAUAUAAUAUUUAUAUGUAUAAUAGUAUUAAUAAUGAUUUGUUUUUAUUUGUGCCAAGAGUAUCUAUAUAUAUAUAUAUAUCUUUAUAUAUAUAUGUAUAUAUACAAACACACAAGAAAGGAAUAUAUUUUCAUUUUGUAGCUUAAGUUUUUUAGAAAGUCAUAAAAUAAUCCUUUUAAUUUUUUAAAGUAUUUCUUUUUACAAAUGUAACCUAGGCAUUAUUUAAUACGUAUCAAAAGAUUUUUUAAUUCCUUAUUUCUUAGUAAUGCUUAAAAUAAAUUUUUGCUCCCGCAGAAUUUGAUUUUGGAGAGUUACAAAACAUGAACCAGAGUGAAAUUAUGAGAAUUGUUGCAAAUAUGAAUGAUGAAACAGCUGGACAGCUGUUUAACCAUAUGCAGACUCAGCAUCACCUACAGUCUACCCCUGAUCAUGGUGAGAUCCUGCUGGACUUGCUCACCAUAAUCUAUUAUUAGCCUAAUAUCUGGAAAUUAUUUUUUAUAUAUAAUAUAAUAUUAGCAUUUGUUUUUAACAAAUUUAUGAAUGUCAUCAGCCAAGUUCAUCACAGUCUGUUAAAAAUUCUUAAACUAUUAACAUUUUUUAUCACAGGUAUUUCCGUUCAAGAAUCACACCCUGGUCACCCCAUGAUUUAUCAAAGUGGUAAUAUUGUUUACCCUCAACCUUCCACAAAUUACCCCCCACCCCCACAUGCCCCAAUCCCACCACAGCCAUCUCAUCAACCUGUUCAAAAUGGAGCACCUUGGGUGGAAAUUGUAGAACAGCCUAAAUCUAGGGGCCUUAGAUUCCGCUAUGAGUGUGAGGGUCGGUCAGCUGGAAGUGUGCCUGGAGAAAACAGUACCAAUGACCACAGAACAUAUCCUACCAUAAAAGUAAUUAAACUUUUCAAUACUAAAUGGGCAAUUAAUAAUUUAGUUAUGAAAACGGAAAUUGCAUUUUAAAAGAAUAUAUUUGUUUUGUAUUACUUGACAAAAAUGCAUGAUUAAAGUAUGAAUUUUUAAUGCAACUUUAAAAUGUUAACAAUCUAGAUUCACAACUACAUUGGUCCAGCUAUCAUUGUUGUCUCUUGUGUGACAAAAGAAAACCCUCCACACUGCAAGCCACAUCCUCAUGCCAUUGUGGGUAGGGACUGCAAGAAGGGUGUGUGUACAUUAAGAGUGAAGGACACCAGUGAAAAAAUAGUGUAAGUAGUUUGUAGUGAAACAAGUUUCUAGCUAAAUUCUUUCGUUUAGGCAUUUUUUCAUUUUUAUAUAUUGUUUAAAGAAAUAUGUCUUCGUUUAAUUUACAUUUUUUAAAAUUUACAAUUUGAUGCAACUUGCUUAUAAAUUUUUUUGUUAAAUAUCUUAAAUUAUUUAAUGAAAUUAUGUCAAUCUCAUGUACAGAUUCCCACAAAUAGGCAUCCAAUGUGCCAAGAAAAAAGAUGUUGAAACCUCAUUACGGUUAAGGAAAGAAAUUAAUGUAGAUCCAUUUCAAAGUGAGUUUUUUAGAGUUAUGUCUUAACCGAAGCUUUGAAAAUGUUAAUUUGAAGGGGAAGAAUUAACGGCUUGGCAUAGCAAAGCAGUUCUAUGCAUGGGGAGGUUUUUAAAAAUGUACCACUGACACACAAGUCUACCCGUAAUAGUUGAUCUGGACAAUAUUGGGGACUCGUUAACUCAUUCCCUCCAGCAAUGCUACUUCUGUACUUAAUUUAUUUGCCUGAGAAAGGGAAGUAACUCUGUUUGCCAUUGAUUUUUAUUUUAAAAAUAUUUAUUUAAGCUAAUAAAUAUUAUUUAAUGUUAAUGAAUUAAGAACAAAUGCAACAAAAAAAUUAAUAAGGUUUAAUAUAUAUAUAACAUUGGGGGGGGGGAAUAACGAACAGAGACCAAAAAAUCAAUUUUAGGCACCCCGAACGAACACAUGCGACAUAUAGACGCGCCAUAUUAAAGCACACAUAGUUUUAAAGUGAAACAAGAUAAAAAAACUUCUGGUUUUCACAUUAAAAUCACGCUGAACCACGCCAUCGCCGGAAGUCUCGAGGGAUGCGAGAUUUCAUUGCUAUUUUUAAAUAGAUGUGAGAGAGGUGUGUCGCUAUGCGCCAGGAUGCAUUUGGGCGCAUCCGGCAGGCAAAACCCAUAAAGGACGCAUUUAGUCGCAAACGUCGGGAAUGAGUUAAAUUAGACAUUAAAAGAGUCCCUGCAGUGUGUGUGGAUGAGUGUUUUGUUCCCAAUAAUUUUUUUUAAACACUAUUAGUUUGUUAGUCAUGCAUUCCCUAUGUUAUCUUUAACAGGAGAAACUUUAAGUGGUCAAUCUUAAAAUUGUACGCUUGCGAAUUCUUGUACCCUGUAAUUAAAAAAGCACAGCAGAAAACUGUUUUUUUUUGGGGGGGGGGGGGAGAAUAUGGAUGGAUGGGUUAUCAAGGGUUAAAUAAUAAAAGUUUUGUUGUGUAUGAUGAAUUGCAUCUUAUUUUUAAAUGUUGAAAGCCUUAAAAGCAGUUCUCAAAUUAUUUCUCAAUGCAUUUUUUCAAAACUGACUAUUAAUUAAUUUCAUUUUUUGUGGGGGGGGGGGGGGAGAAUAUGGAUGGAUGGGUUAUCAAGGGUUAAAUAAUAAAAGUUUUGUUGUGUAUCAUGAAUUGCAUCUUAUUUUUAAAUGUUGAAACCCUUAAAAGCAGUUCUCAAAUUAUUUCUCAAUGCAUUUUUUCAAAACUGACUAUUAAUUAAUUUCGUGUCUUUUACAAAAAAUACCCUCUAAAGAAACGUAUGCACCUUCAAAAUAAAACAAAUUUGAAAACUGCUUUGCAUUAAUAUCUAUUUCAGUUUUCUUUUUAGAAUCCACUUUCCUUCAAGCUUUGUCAUUUAUUCCUCAGCUGGUUUUGAUCACGCUCAAUCCAAUAUUGACCUAAAUGUUGUCCGCCUAUGUUUCCAAGUCUUCUUGCCUAAUGAACAAGGCAAAGUUACUCGAGUAGUGCCACCUGUGUGCUCCCAUGCUAUCCAUGAUAAAAGUAAGUACUGGAAGAUUUUGUAAGUACUGUAGUUAUAUGCCUUCAAAUGAAGAUUAAGAUGAAUACAUUUUUUUAACAAAUUUUAUUUACUAAUUAAUGAGUCUUUAUUAACAGUAAAGGUGUUCAAUAAUUUUCUCCAAAUAUAUUUUUCCAAUUUUUUAUAGCAAAUUUCCUUACAAUAAUAUAUGCUUGGUAUGAUAUGGUAAAUCAAUAUUUAAAUUCCACGUUUUAACAAUCUUUGUACCGUUAUUUUCCAGAGUCAUCCAAGGAUCUUGUAAUAUGCAGGAUUGAUAAGAGCUCAGGGAAAGCUAGGGGAGGAGAUGAAGUAUUUUUGUUAUGUGACAAAGUAAAUAAAGGUAAGGCACAUCUUUCUGUCUAUAUCAAAUAAUAUGUAAACAGUUUGAAAAAAUAUUCAUUGCUCAAAUCAUUUUAAAAAAUCUUCCUAUACCAUUUUUAAAAUAAAGCAACAGAAUUUAUAAAUAUCAUAAUCAAAUAAAUUGAUCCGUUUAUAUAUCUUAUUGAUUGUUCACUAUCAUAUUAUAAUCUUAAGUUUUCUUUUAGUUUUAUGUCCCAAGGAUGGAAAUUACAAAUAAAUGAGUAUUGGAACAAACAACUAGAUGCUUACUUUGCAAAGUAUAAAUUGGACCAUCAGUUUAAAGAAAAUAUAUUUGUAGUUCAAACAACAUGGACACUAGUUUCAUGAUCUAGAAAAUUUAUUAUCAAGUUCGUUUACUGACCCCAAAUGCUUCUUUAAAAAUUUUAUUAUUGGCUUUGUUUCAGAGGAUAUAAAGAUCAGAUUUUAUGAAGAAAAUGAUCAGGGAAAUUUUGUGUGGGAAGAUUUUGGAGAUUUCGGACAAGGAGAUGUCCACAGACAGGUGAGAUAUUGUAGGAGAUUUCAGGUUGUGUCCUUUGCCAGCCUUAAGUUUUGACAGUUUUGAACAAGGUCUUGUCCUUUUGUUAUACCUAGUCUACAAUUUUGCACAGGGACUUUUCCUUUUUUUAUAAUUAGCCUACAAUUUUGUACAAAGACCUGUCCCUUUGUAUAAUUAGCCUAAAAUUGUAUUAAAGGACUUUUCCUUUUGCUAUAUAGCCUGCAACUAAAGUUUUGUUUUUUUUCAAUUGCAGUAUGCCAUUGUGUUCAGGACGGCCCCUUACCAUAACUUGGAAAUUACAAAGCCAGUUGAGGUAUUAAUGCAGUUGCAGAGGCCAUCUGAUGGAGAAACAAGUGAACCAAUACCUUUCACAUACAUGCCUGAAGAUCCAGGUAAUUAUUUUUGUUUUGUUUUUCAUUUUCAGUUCAAAACUAAAUCUAAACUUUAAUGUAUUUCUUCCAUCAGUAAUGACAUAACCUUUCAGCAGUAGGAGUGAUCAUUGGCUGAGAGGCAACUUCUUUCAUUUUAGUUGAUAAGAUUCACUACCGGUAUCAUUAAAUUUUCAAAGGCUACAGUUGUUAGUUUAUUUCUGAUAUGUGGAUUUGCAUGAAUUUAUUCCUAGAUAUACACUUAACAUUUGAAUGCAUUACAUUUGUUGAAAUGUAUUCAUCUGUUUAGAUCCAGACAGAAUAGCUGAAAAGAGGAAAAGAAAAGCUCAACGUUUCUUGGAGUAUUGGAAUGCUGGUAAGUCUGCUUGUGAUGUCCUUUGUUCACAUAUGGUUUAAGAUAAUUUUUAUCAUAUAUACCUUUCGUCCAGUUUUCAGUAAAUGAAGAAGAAAAACUGUUCAAAAGUCAAAUUUUACACAAAUCACUUUUUAUUAAUUAUUUUUACAAAUGCUCCCCACAAUUAAGAAAUUGAUAUGGGAUAAAUAAAGAUACAAUCUAAAACAUCUAAUUUUUUUUUUACACCUGACACCUUUUACUUGUACUUGUAGAUUUAUUAUGGUCUUUAGCACACAGAGGGUUUAUUAUGAACCUUAGACUUAUUGCUCCACUGAAUAACUACCACCCGGCUUAAUAAUUAUACUUAUAUAACAUGAUAAUUUGUAAACAGGAGGUGGAUCAGACUAUAAGAGAAGUGCCAGUGGCGCCAGCGUCCGAGGGAGACUGCACACAAUGUUGAAAGGUACAAGGAGAAUAAAGAAAGAGCCUGAUGCCCAGCAAGGUAGGUUAUAAAGAAAUAAUAUUUUUAAUAUGCGCCUUUUUUUUUUUUUUUUUUUUUGAAAGAGAGGCAUUUGUUAAAACCUGGGGGCCAUGAUUUUUUUAAAAGUGUACGACUCGAGGAGAGUUAUACAUUUAGCCUCGGGGGAUGAUUUUUAAAAGAAAUAAUAUUUUUAAUAUGCGCCUUUUUUUUUUUUUUUUUUUUUGAAAGAGAGGCAUUUGUUAAAACCUGGAGGCCAUGAAUUUUUUAAAAGUGUACGACUCGAGCAGAGUUAUACACUUAGCCUCUGCGGAUGAUUUUUAUCUGAUGCUGACUUCUGAGUCAUAGCUGGUUAACUCCUUGUAAUGUAACGAAUUGACUCAAGAGGAUGAUUCAUAUUUAUUCUUUUAAUUUGCUAAACUUUUAGUGAUUUCAGAUUCAACAUAGGUAGAAAUAGAUUACUGGUUACUCAUAUAAUAAUGUGAAUUAAAUGAUUCGGAUUCUGACAUUUUCACUUAUUUGUUCCUUAGAAGGCUCAAUAAUCAGGGUCCUAGAUUUUUUUUUUGUCAUUUAUUAUGUAUUGUAUUUUGAUGAUAUUCAAUUAUUUUCCUUCAGGAAUGCAACCGUAUCCAAUGGAGAAUGCAGGUGUGGAAGGUGCUAUGGGAGGGGCUGAUGCCACCAUGAGUCAUGUCACUGCCGACAACUCUUCUAUGGGAAGUGUUACUGUCUCAUCCUUCUCUGCUGGUAGUUUGGACUCUAGUGUGAUUGCUGAGCUCUCUGGUCUCUCCAGCAGUGAUCUGUCCAUUGUGUCCACAGAGAAUGGCCAGCUUGUCAUCUCCGUGUCUGGGGGCGAGGGCAACAGUGGACCACUGAGUGUAGACAGCAUUAACCUACCUUCAAACAUGUUAAGCGGAGAGUUGAUGAAUCAGAUUGAUAUUCAGCAGCUAAAUGCUUAUCUCCAGGUAUAUUUUAAGAGCUGAAUAAAAUUGUACCCUUGGAAGCUUUAUUCUUUUAUAAAAAUAUAUGAACACACACGGCGGUUGCGGUAUAUAUAUUAUUUAAAUGAAAUUCUUUUCAGAUUUCAAUUUAUAGUGAACUAUAUAGUGAAUAAUUUAAGAAAAAAAUCAGUAACUUAACCCAUUCAUCCCUGGAUGAACAAAUCCAACAACUACUGAUAUAACCCCCUAACACCUAGAUCCGGCCACUCGACUGGCUGUUUACCAUUUGACAGAAAUGACGCCUUUUAAAUGAAAUUCUUACGGGAAAUGAGACCUGUAGAGAUUCCUUACGUUUUUUUUAUCAAUUUGGAGAAGUACCGGUAUUCAUUAUUUUAAUAGCAGAUUUUAACUUUUUAGUUGUUAUGAUCAGUACUGAAGGAACAAGUCACAGUUUGACUUUUAAUAAUUUAUACAAGCAUUAUUAAUGCUGUCAAUAAGAUUAAUUGUGUAUUCCCAAGUUGUUAAUGCUGUCAGCAGGAUUAAUUGUGUAUUCCCAAGUUGUUAAUACUGUCAGUAGGAUUAAUUGUGUAUUCCCAAGUUGUUAAUGCUAUCAGUAGGGUUAAAUGUGUACCGGUAUUCCCAAGUUGUAAAUACUAUUUUUAGGGUCUGUAAUUUCUUUGCUGUUGAAACAUAAAAAAAAGUAUGUUUUUGAAAAGUGUUGCUGAUGUGCAACCAAGUUAUUAUUUUAAACAGUUUAUAUUUUCUUUGAGAGAAAGAGAUGUCCAACAUUAUCAAUAACCAUGCUACAUAAUGAAUUUCUCCAAAUGUUUGAACUUAUUAACUUAGAAUAAUUAAUGUCAACAUUUGUUAAAAAUGUCCCCAGGAUCAAGUGGAAUUUAUUUGAAAUCCUGUUAUCAUCCCACAGGAUCAAGGUUCAGGGAGUGAAAUCUUGUUGGGUCAGCCCACCUCAGCAGACCAUGGCCAGCUUUUGUUGAACAAUGACCCCAACCAGCCCAUUCACAUUAUGGACACAGACCCAGAGACUGAGGCAGCACUCAGAGGAUUGAACUCUCAAAUGUGAUUGGCUGCUGAGGAAUAGAUUCUGAUUGGAUGUGAAUGGUAUCUUUUUUUUUUUUUUUUUUUUUUUUUUUUUUUUUCUUAAGAACUGAUUCUGAAAGGGUGUGGCUGAAAAUUUUUUUUUUGUAUGAGGAAUAGAUUCUGAUUGGAUGUGAAUGGUAUCUUUUUUUUUUUUUUUUUUACUUUUGUUUGCUUAAGAACUGAUUCUGAAAGGAUGUGGCUGAAAAUUAUUUUUUUGUGUGAGCUGGUUUUGUUACAAGUACAGACUGACUGGUUACUAAUUAUUUUGCUUGAUGAACCGGAUGAAAUGUGUGAUUUAGUAAAUGUGAUCUUUUUUUUUUGUCUGGAAAAAUGCAGCCCGCUUUGUUACAAUUGUUGACCCUUGUGUUUUUAUUAAGGGUUUUGGCGGUGUUUUAUCAAAAGAAGUUCACCAUCCUAUGCUGUAGGAAUUUUCUGAUCAUAUAAGACUGGAGGGUGUAGUCAUAGUAACAUUUUCUGUUUUUUAGGGAGAGUUUGUUUUUAAAGGGGGAAAAUUUCAGAGAAAAGUCUAUUUCAAGGCAUCUAUUGUUGGAGAUAGUCACAUUCAAAUUUUUAAUGGAACGAAGCAUGGAUAUUUUCUCUAUGCUAAAUUUACUUCGUCAUUUGAACAAUUACUUCAGUUGGUCUUUUCUCACAUUUAUUUGAAUCAAGAUUUUGGGCAAGCAGAAGUAGCAGAAGUACAGGGUAUUUUUAUUUUCAGGGUGUUAGUUUGUUAAUAAAUUAGAAUCAAAGCAUAAUUUAACCCAUUCGGGGGUAAAUCAAAUCAUCAAUAAUAAAGGCUGAACUUUACCCUUCAUUUGCAUAUCAGGUUAGGGAGAAAAUUCAAUGACCGGUGACCUCUCCUACUGCCCUUUUUUUUCUCUCUUGAACAUAACUCAAUCCCUCAGUCUGUUGAGCCACUUUGGCCGGCUUUUUGAUUGCAUUUGAUGAAUUAUAUGUACAUAAUUUGUAUAUAAUAUAUAUAUCUUUACCUGUUUAAAACACACUUUGUCACAUACAGCUGUGCUUAUGAUUCUUGUAAAGUUUUUGUAACCAAUUUUGUAUGUUAAUCAUGCCUUGGUAAUGCUACCAAAUACCUUUUAUUUUCUACUUUUGCCUGCAGUCUUACAAUGGCAGACUUUAAAUGCUCGAGCUAAGAUACUUGAUUUUUAAAAUUAUCAUCAAAAUGGGGGAAUUAGCGAGUGAAAAUUAGAUAUUUUCCUUUGCAGUAAGAAUUUCUUUUACACCCAAAUUCUUAUUGUGUCAACAGUUGGACAAACUACUAGGAACUACUAUUUAACACCAGGAAGAUUUGCCAGGCCGUCUUGUAUGAAAUAUCAAUUUUUAUCUUCAAUACACACACACAAAUCAUACCCACAGCUCUGAAGCCAUGUUAUUUAAUGGUAUAUAAUCUUAUGAAUUUAAUGAACCAACUUAUUGGCUUUACUUACGAAGUGAAAAAGAGUUUUUCCUUUUAAAAAACUGUUAAUUAGAGACAGCAAUAAAUACAGAAAAACUCUCACAAUCCAUUUUCCUCCACCCCAAGAAUUAGUACUGAUCUUAGAUGUCUGAAUUCUUGUACACUGUUUAUGUAAAAGUAUGACAUUGUUGAGUUGUAUAUACUUCACCCAUCCCAUGUGGAGGACGUUGUUAAGUUGUAUAUACUUGACCCACCACAUGUGGAGGACGUAUGGAAAAGCCUGGAAACAAAUCAGACAUGUUGUGGUUUGUCCAAUAAAUAAAAACCCGAGAAUUUGUGCCAGAAAAGCCUUAAAUGUUGGCUCUCUUGACUGCAUCAUUCCAUUUGUCAUUUGCUUGUUCUCAGAUGCCAUUCCCUAUCUGCUAAGUCUCAUUGUCUUUUAGAAUGAAGAAUCUUCAAGACAAUCUAAUAUUUUUUUAAUAUCUGUUUUGACAGUGAAUUGUGCUGCUUAAAAUGAUGCACUUGUUAAUAAACCAUGAAAUGGUAAAAACUUUUGGGUCAAAAAUAUUACAUAGAAUGUGUUCUAGCUCAUCUUCAUUAGAAUGUGUUCAGGUCUCUUCUCCAUUAUGCUACUUACUAAAGUUUCAAAUUCUGUAACAUUUUUGUAGUUGAUUCAAAAACAUAUUUUCAAUUGUCUGUUAAUGGAAGUAAACAGUUUUGAUUUAAAUCUUGUUUUGUUAAUUGAAGGGAUUCCCAUUACUUUUUUUAAAUUUAAGCGUGCAAUCACAGCCAGUAAAGAGGUUGGUUGUAAGGACAUCAGUCGGUAGAGCACACAUUUAGAUGUGUCAUUUGUAAUUCUUGAGUUAGAUCAUAUUAGUAUGUGUACAGCUAAGAUUAAAUGAAACAAAACAUUUUGUAACAUGUUUUCUUUUCAAUCUUUUUCUUACAGUGUACAGAAUAAAAGGGUAUCUUUAGUAUUUUUUAAACAAGAAAUUUUUAAAAAAACAUAUGCACAAAUUGGUAAUGAUUGUAAUCAAUUUUUGAUGCGUUGGACACCUAUAUGUUCUUUUUAUGACAGAUUGGAAAGAAAAUGCCCCGCCUGAGACCUAAAUAAGUUUUAUUGUUAAAUGAAAAGAUAAAUACCACAACUAUGAUACAAUGCCACUAGGUAUUGUGAUUUCACCUUAUAAGAUAUCUCAAUGAAAUAAUCUGUUAAAAAUAAACACCAAACAUGAACACCUUUUGAGCAUAAUGAAGAACACUUCUUUAAUACUAAUAAUAUUGCCAGUAUCAUGUUUGUCCUACUAUUACAUGACCUCCUACUGAGAAGGAUUGACCAGGCUUAGACCAAUCCUCCAACCGAGACAUUGUGACCUAUCAAAAUAAACAAUAUGUUUAUACAUUAUCAUUACGAUUUUAUUUGUUGCAAAGCCUGUUCAAAGUCUCUACAAAUGCAUAUAAAUCUUAUUUGCAUAAUUUUUUGUUUUCACCACUGCUAACUUUUCCUCUGAUUAUACACAAAAUGAAAAAAUUUGCCACAGUCAUGAUUCCAAUCCAAUGACAAUCUUUAUUAUUCACCACUUUCUGAAAUUUGGCCUAGCUAGAAAAAUUGGUAGAAAUCUAAAAAAAAUAAAUAUUACGGUUCAAUGAAAAAUAAGACCAUAACUUAAUGACCAUUACUAAGUUUGACUUACAGUUGGGGCUUUGUCUUUUCCAGCCAUGUAACCCAGAC